UGUUCAUAAACGAGUUACCCCGCGUCUUUUACAUCUUUUGAGUGAGUCGUAUCGAAUUCAACUCGCUUUUGAGUGAGUCGUAUCAAAUUCAACUCGCCGGAAAACUCUGCCGGGAUCGGUCGUUGGCCGCCAGAAACACUGAGAAACUCCGUUCAGAGAAACACGAAUGGAUUCAUCACAAAGUUCAUCUGCUGGGGGAAAUGGGACACCAAUCUCUCAAACUAACAAUACUGCAGCAGGAGCUGGUGAUUCUAUGCAAAACCUGAAGCAGAUCAACAAGUCCAUUGAGAAAACCUUGGGCCUUAUCCAUCAGCUUACUCUUACAGUCUCUAACUUCAGUCCUGCUUUGCAAAUGCCACUUCUCCAACGCAUAAAUGGUCUUGUUGCAGAGCUUGACAAUAUGGUCAAAUUGGCAGAAAAUUGCAACAUUGAGGUUCCUAUGGAGGUUGUAAAUUUAAUUGAUGAGGGGAAGAAUCCAGAUGAGUUUACCAGAGAUGUUAUAAACAACUGUAUUGCAAAGAAUCAGAUCACCAAAGGAAAAACUGAUGCUUUCAAGAAUUUGCGCAAGCAUCUAUUUGAGGAAUUGGAACAAAACUUCCCUGAUGAGGUUGAGACAUUUAGAGAGAGUCGUGCUGCGUCCGCUGCGGAAUUGAAACGAUUGGCGCAGGCACAAAGUGUAUUGCCCAAUGGAGAUUUGAGACUCAAAUCAGAGCAUUGAGUGAUAUAUUUCAGAUGCCUUUAUAUUUCUCUUUUUUUCCCUUUCUUUUUUGUUGAUUUUAAUUUUAGGUGAAAACUAUGGUACAUUCUAGUUUUAGGAUUAUAUACCAAUACGAUAAGAUGCAUAUUACGUGAAUCAACUUCUUUUACUUUAUGGUUGAAAUGGUGCAAUAAUUGCAAGA